AUGGAGGAGAAACGCCGCGACGCCCCUUCCUCCGCCGCAGAUUCCCCGGCAUCAGAGCCCGCCUCACGCCGCCGCGCCGGAACCAACAAGCGCAAGUCCGCAGCCCUCAGCGCCUCCGGUUCCUCCUCUGCCCCCUCCAAACGUGCCCCUCGCGACAAGCCCUCGCCCUUCCACCCUCCUCCCCUCCACAAUGGCCCCCUCACCCGCGCCCGCCAAACCCCCAACUCCCUCGCCGCAGCCUCCUCUUCCGCUGCUGCUUCUGCUCCCCCAGCCGUCAAACACUCCGAACGUACCCACCCAUCUGCUGCCGACUCCGCCGCGCUCGCCGAACAGCUCAGGAAGGAGAGCGAGUGGGAGACUCUGGAGGCCGCGAUUGAAGCGGAAUUCGAAGCUAUCAGAUCUCGCGGUGCCAAUGCGCACGUGGUUCCCACUCAUUGCGGUUGGUUUUCAUGGUUGUAUAUUCAUGAAAUUGAGAAGCAAAUGUUGCCUUCUUUCUUUAAUGGCAAGGCUGAAAAUCGGACACCUGAUGUAUACUUGGAGAUAAGGAAUUGGAUAAUGAAGAAGUUUCAUUCAAAUCCAAAUGUGCAAAUUGAAUCGAAAGAUAUGUCACAGCUUAAUGUUGGAGAUGCGGAUGCUAGGAAAGAGGUAAUGGAGUUUUUGGACUAUUGGGGUUUAAUUAACUUCCACCCAUUCCCUUCAAUGGAUUCUGCUGUGGCCACUGCCAGUGAUGAUGGGGAGGCCGAAAAGAAUUCUUUGCUUGAAAAAUUGUAUCACUUUGAAACUCUCCAAUUAUGUCCACCUGUUCAAAGGUCUAGCCAAACAACUCCAGCUGCGGCCUCUGGUUUGUUUCCAGAGUCUACAAUUGCUGAAGAGUUGGUGAAACAAGAGGGGCCAGCAGUUGAGAUGCUUGAGUACCAUUGCAACUCAUGUUCUGCUGAUUGUUCUCGCAAACGUUACCACUGCCAGAAGCAGGCAGAUUUUGAUCUAUGUUCCGACUGCUUUAGUAAUAGAAGAUUUGGCUCGGGCAUGUCUUCAUUGGAUUUUAUACUCAUGGAACCAGCUGAAGUUGCAGGGGUUAAUGGUGGAAAGUGGACUGAUCAAGAGACCCUUCUGCUCCUUGAGGCCUUAGAACUUUAUAAAGAAAAUUGGAAUGAGAUUGCAGAACAUGUUGGAACAAAAACAAAAGCUCAGUGCAUAUUGCACUUUGUUCAAAUGCCAAUUGAGGAUACCUUUGUUGAAUCUGAUGAUGAUGUUGAUACUGGUUGCAAAGAACCUGCAGAUCCAGUUGCGACAAACAAUGACUCAUCUAUGGACAAGGAUGCUUCAGAGUGUGUUGAGAAUGACACUAGCGAUGGCAUCAAAGACCAUGAUAAAACUUCCAAUGCGGAGAAUGUUGAAGUGAAGGUGAAUCAGGAAGAAAAUCUUAAGUUACAAGAAGGCAGUGAUGAGAAAGCUAGUCAGGGAACAUCUAAAUCAGAAGAUGCUGUUAAGGGGAAGUCUGAUGAGGAAGCAGGCAAUGACUGUGCUAUAAAUGCUCUUAAGGAAGCAUUUGCUGCUGUUGGUUAUUCUCCUGGACCUGAAGGCCCUUCUUCAUUUGCUGAAGUGGGUAAUCCUGUCAUGGCACUGGCAACUUUCCUUGCACACUUGGUGGGUACUGAUGUGGCUGUUGCGUCAGCUCAUAGCUCCAUAAAGUCCAUGUCAAGAAAUUCUCCUGGCAUUGAACUUGCUGCAAGGUGUUGCUUUCUUCUAGAAGAUCCGAUGGAUAAUAGGAAGGAACCAACUAGUUCUGAGAGGGAUUCUAAAAGCGAGGGAGAUCAGGAUGAAGUAAAUGUAAAGAAGGACCAACUGAUGUUGGAUGAUAAAGAUUUACCGAAUGAUUACAAUAAAGUGAACAUUGGAAGUAACACUUUAGAAGACAAGGGACAGCCGGCUUCUACAGAUGAUAAAGCCUCAGAAAAACCAAUUUCUUCAAAGGAGCAACCAAUGGUAAAUCAUGACAGUGGGCUUGACAAUUGCAAUGUUCCUGUCAGUGCAAAGCUAUCCAAUGCUCAAGCACCAGGCACUCUGCAUAAUUCAGGUGGUUCAAAAUCCAAGGAUGAAAUCCAAUCUAAUUCUGACAAGGUUCAGGAGGAAACUUUAACCGAAGAACCUUGUCAUUUUACGAAGGGCUUAUGUGCGUCUGAUUCGCUCCCAUCAGUGAAGAAAGAACUUAAGUCACUUAAAUCCAAUUUACCAGGAAAGCAUCCAAAGCCAGUAGAGACAUCAAAAUGUGAGACAGUUUCUGAUUCUAUUCCCCCAACUAAGAGUAAGUCUCAAAAUCCACAAACAACAAAUCCAGGUUCUGAAUCCGUAGAAACAACAGACUCAGCCAUGGAUGUUGAUGGAGUUUCUAAUUCCUUGCCAUCAGAAAAGAUUGACUCGCAGGAACUAUUAACAUCAAAAUCAUCCCAAUGUAAUGGAACAGAAAACGAUAUAGAUAUGAUGUCACCAUCAAAUCCAGUUAGACCAAAUUCUGGUGCUGAAAAUGAUGCAAGUACAGGUAAUGAUCAUGCAGAUAAUGGAGCAAAAAUGGAGGAUAAUGAGACGAAGACUAAACAGGAUAGCAAUUUUGAGAAAAUGAAACGUGCUGCAGUCUCUACACUUGCUGCAGCAGCAGUAAAAGCAAAACUUUUAGCAAAUCAGGAAGAAGACCAAAUCCGACAGCUUACGUCCUUGUUGAUAGAAAAACAGUUGCAGAAGUUGGAAACUAAGUUGGCCUUUUUCAAUGAUGUGGAGAAUGUGGUGAUGAGAGCAAGGGAGCAUGUAGAGCGAUCACGGCAUAAGCUUUAUCACGAGCGUGCUUUGAUUAUUGCAUCACGGCUUGGUUUACCAGCUUCCUCCUCUAGAGGUGUACCACCAACUCUACCAACCAAUAGGAUUCCUACAAAUAUUCCAAAUUCACUUCCAAGACCACAAAUGAUGAUGAUGAGUCCACAAAGGCCAUUUAUUUCUAGACCUGCAGGCACUGUAGCUACUACUCUUCAAAACCCAUUAGCAUCUUCGACUGCAACAGGGAAUUCAGUUCGACCUCCUAACCAGGAAAAACUUUCUUCUGUUGGGACAAAAUAA